CUUUAUUUAAGGUUGUAAAUUUACAUUUUAUUAUUUAUUUUUUAUUUUAUUUGUUUAUUUCUCAAAAUUGAUCAAAUUAAAAAAUAAUAAAACUAAACCUCAAUUUUGAAUCCACUCUUCCAGGAUCCUUUCAUAAUCUAUUUUCAUAAUAUAUUUAAUUUUAUUUUAAAAGCUCCAUGAAUUUAUGUUUCCAUGAAUUUAACAUUUAUUUUAAUUUUUUGGAAUUCUGUUACCUUAGUAUUUCUGAAGGAAUCUUUAUGUUUCAAUAACUUUAGAAGAUCAAACUUUACACAUUAUUUCGGUAGAUUAUCUUAUAAAUGUAGUCCCUAUUCAAAAAGAUUUAAUUUAAACUCAAGCCCCAAACCAACUACUUCUGAUGGAACAAAGAUUAUAAGAAGCGGUGUCGUUGUUAGUUGUAUGCCAAAUGCCAACUUUCUAGUGAAACUAGACGUAUCUAAUAGAGAGUUACCCUGUAGUCUUGCAGGUAAAUUAUACAUAAAUAUGGUCAGAAUCUGGAAUAAUUCCAAGGUUAAUGUCGAAAUAGAUCUAGAACGUCCAACUACAGGGAGGAUUAUAGAAAGGCUCAGUGAUAAAUGAAUCUCACUAUAAAUUCUAUUAUAUAAAAGUUGUAUUAACUAUAAAAUAUUAUUUCGUUAAUUAUUAUUCUUCUUGUCAUUUGCAUACAUUUUAAGUAUUCUCACAACUGUGAUGAAGGGGUCGCUAUUUCCCACUUCUUCAACUAAUAUGGUUAAUUUACCAUCUUUUCCACUAGAGUCAAGGUACUAAAGAAUCUUAAAAUCCCUAAAAUUACCUCAAGCAACACUAGGCGAUUCUUCUCGUUUAAACUCAAUUCGCUUAUCAAUUUACUUUUCUAUUAAUUUAUUAAUUUUCCA